GCUCGCGUGUGCUCUGACGCGGAAAGCCGGUUAGUCGGUCUCAAUCCGCCGUGGCGUUCGUAUUAAACCGGAGUGCGGCUUCGAGCAACGAAGUUCCGAUCCGAUUCAUGCUGUGAAAAAUCGAAAAAAAAAGAAACAAAGAAAAUUCGAUUCGAAACAAACGCGGGCUCGUCGCGCGUCCAUCCGUCACGAUAUCAUCGAUCCGGCGCGAAUUGCCGAGCGGGAAAUUCUUUUGUUUCCCGAGUGUAAUCCCUUUCUCUCUCUUUCUCUCAGUGCAUACAUAUUAGUGUCUCGGUGCACGUGGCUGCAAUUCAUAGUCGAGUUCGGUAUACCUGGACCUGCGCAAAGAAGAUGUCAACGUGAUUGGACUAAUUGAAAAGAGUCGUAAGAGAUGCCGUAGUCGUCGCUAUGAGCGAGAGCCGGUGCUACACGGAUUCGCCCGUGCUCGCCGAACAUCAGCCCUUCAACCGUAAUGGGAAGGCGCUCAGGGGAUCUAAGAAGAGCGUGCUGUUUUAUACGACCGAUUGCGGAGACGAAAAAGAGGACUUAGGUCUCAAGCUUCAGCAACGAUCCGUCUCGUUGACUGCACUACACACCGGAGUUGGCAGCCAGCAGCAGCUAUUGGAACCAAGAAUGGCGCAAUUAGAGACUUUGGAGGCUAAGAUGGCCAGUAUAGAAGUGUCCCUAUCGACAACUCCGAGACGGAAAAAAGGCGGCAGUGUUUCCGGAGGCGUUACCUCUCCUGCUCAUCGGAAUAGAGAUCAUUAUAAAGAAUUGGACGCUCUCCGAGUCGCUCUGCGCGACAAAGAAAACAUAAUACAGACGCUCAAGGGCCAGCUCUGCAACACGCUGAGCAAUAGACUGGCAUUACGCAAUGGCGCGCCACCCUUGACCGAGGCCGACAGGAAAGCGGCCGAGGAACGGCUUCAAAGGUUACGACGGGACGCCGACAAUAAGCGACUGGCUAUUAAGAACCUGAAGCUGGCGCUCGAACGCCUCGACAUUACAGAUAAUAUUGAUGUCCGAAUACAACAAGCGGAAUUGGAGUAUAGACUAGGUCGCGAGGAACUCGAGUUGCUGACUCUUCACGAGGAAAGCAGAGCCCUUCAAACUGCUUUAGAAUUGGCUGAAACUCAAGAAAAGCAAAAGAACGAUACAAUAUUCAGCUGCAUUUCCGGCUCGACGCAAGUUACGAUUCACGCGAUAGAAGUCAGCGCAGAUCCGAAAAGUCCACGUUUUGGAGCCGGACCAAGAGACGACGCGAUUGGUCUCUACGUCGACUGGGCUGUAGAGGAUUCUGGGCUUUGUAAAGGAGACAGAAUCUUGGAAGUAAAUGGAAAACUGGUGGUAGGAGCGGGUAGAAGCGAUUUGGCGCGGCUUUUGGCUGUUGCACCUGACGCUGCGCAAAUAGUUGUCCUGCGAAAAGGCGAGUCCUUGGCAGCAUUGCGUACGUUACGCUCGGAUAAUCUCAGAUUGACGCAUAGGAUCGGCUAUCUCGAGGAACAGGUCAGAGAUCUCUUGGCGCCGAGCAGAACCGAAGUCCCUACCGAAGAACCGUCGCCAAAUCGUCAAGAACAUGUACAGGUUUUCCAAAAAGGCCCUCAGGUGACGGCGUUGGUGGCGAAUCUACCUGGUCUCAACGUGAGAAGUUGUACAGAACUACGACAGAGUUUGCCGACUGUCAGAAGCAAACACAAUGAUCAUUCCAGACGUUCAACAGAUUCUAGAAACCAGCGUGAACUCGAUUUUUCAUCCGAUGGAGUUUCGACUGGGCAUCACAAAUCACGAAACAGGCAGAAACAUGGAUUACAGCUGGCCAGAUCGACGGCCAGCCUCGAUUGUAAGCAAUCGCUGAUACAGUCGCAGAUGCAACGUCGAAGAUCGCCGCGUGUCGAAUCUACCAUGGAACAUUUGCAUAAAAAUCGCAAAAGCAUCUCACAGUUGCAAUCUCUAGAGUUUGAUUCUGAACCGACUUAUUAUCGUUUACAGGAUUCCCAGUCUCGCGCAUCAGAGAAUUCGGAAGUAUCGACGGCAUAUACUAGUUCUCAAGAGACGAAGACUCGUCCGGCACCGCCGAAGAAGCCGUUGCGACUUUCCCUGCAUCGCGCGGCGAGUCUCCAAUCCGUGGAAAGCGCGCCCCCAACCGCACUGCAGCACGAUAUGGCUCGAAAGCCCACAAAGAGAAACCAUCGCGGCGAUCCACCGGUAGAGAAGAACAUAUCUCGACAUCUUGAGACGAACGGCGGUGAUACGAAUUCACACUUGCAAGAGUCUCUCGUUAAUCCACCUCAACCGCCUCCGAGAACACCCUCCAGAGCGGAAUCGUGUCAAAGCGCAUUACGAUGGCCUUCUCCAAAGCCGAGACCGCAUUUGACAUCCGUACCAAUGGAAAAAUGGUGCUAAGGAUUACGAAUCUGCAUUUCUGUGACUAAAAGAGAAUGAGGAAAGAAAGAUAAGCGGAAAUAUUUUCUGAAACGAGAAUUUUGAAAGCACAUAUCAAAUUUAUAUAUUAAU